GAAAGUUCCUUCUUCUAAUAGCUUCCUGUUUUUGUCUGAAGCCAUACAUAGUACAGAUACAGCUCAUCUGCAGACCUGUGGGUGGUUUGUACAGUGGAUAUGAAAAAAGAAGUUAAACUUUUUGUCAAGCUUUCUUUUCAUAGCCAUCAAUGUCUGAAGAAGUUAUUUAUGCGGAUCUAAAAUUCCAAGAUGCCAGUAAAAUAGAAAAUAUCCAGGAGUUUGACCAAGUUGGCACAAAAGGAAACCAUGGAACAAGGACCAAAUGCUGUCCGGGAAAGUCAUGGUUUUCACCUCCUGCUAUUUUCCAUGUAUGGCGUCAAAGAGCCUUGGCUCUGGCUCUCCUGUGCCUUCUGCUACUAAUUGGACUGGGAGUCUUAGGAAGCAUGUUUUACAUAACUUCGAAGACAGAAAUGGAAAAGUUGAAAAAACUACAAUAUUUCAAAGAAGAACUUCAGAAGAAUGUUUCUCUACAACUGAUGCAUAAUAUGAAUAAUUCCAAGAAUAUCAUGAAACUCUCUAUCACACUGCAAAUAAUAGCCACCAAAUUAUGUUAUGAGCUAUCUAGAAAAAAACCAGAGCACCAAUGUAAUCCUUGUCCAAAGGAAUGGAUGUGGCAUGGGAACAGCUGCUAUUUACUAUCAAAAGAUUUUAAGACAUGGCCAAACAGUGACAAGAUGUGUUCUGCUAACAAUGCCAGCCUGUUGAAGAUUAAGGACAAAAGUGUAGCGGAAUUUAUAAAAUUCCAGAAGUUACAUGAUUACUGGCUGGGAUUAUCUCCCAGAAAAUAUUCCCUAGAUUAUCAGACCUUGGAGGAGAUAAUUAUGUCCUCUGACAGGUUUACAAGAAAUACAAAUGACCCAAGUGAUAGAAUAUAUUGCAGAAAUAUAAGAAAUGCAAUAUAUAUUUAUAGCGAUUACUGCACUAAGCAAAAAAAGUAUAUAUGUGAGAAGUUAGCUAAUCCAGUGAGGACUGAGAGUAUACUAAUGAAUGAAGUACCAGAUGGAAGAAUGUAGUUAGAGAAAUUAUUUUUCCUUACCUAUUAUCCUGCAAGUAAAGGCAACUUUGGGGAACAUACAUCUUGUGGGCUACAUAAAUGGAAUAAAGAUGCUGUGAGACUAAA